ACUUUACCCAUGUGGGACUUUGUGUCUCCUGAAGACAAUGAAGUACUGAUCGAUAAGUUCAGAACAGAAAGUAAGAAGGUCAUCGACAGGUGGUCCUUGGGGAAUGCAUCUACUAAUGAGAGAGAUGCAGCAGUUUCUUUUUUGGUGCAGCUUGGAGCUGUAAGAAUCACUAUUCAGUCUAGCAGUGAUCACAUACAAUCUGAGAGACGAGUGUCCUUCCAAUUUGAAGACAGACCGCUUUUGGAGACAAAACAUGAUGGUCCUGAUACAGCAGAUCCCCGACCGAUGAAGAGUGAGGACAUCGGUAGCAGAGAGCAAUCAGGUGCCUUGACGUCUGAUUCACAAGCAAGCAGUUCCAAAGAUGUGCCAAUGGACUGUGGUUUGGAGACAAAACAUGAUGGUUCUGAUACAGCAGAUCCCCCACCGAUAAAGAAUGAGGACAUCGGUAGCAGAGAGCAAUCAGGUGCCUUGACGUCUGCUUCACAAGCAAGCAGUUCCAAAGAUGUGCCAAUCGACUGUGGUGAUGAUGAGGACAAUGAAAAUUAUUCAGCAUGGAUGAGCGAACCUAGUGAUGAUGAUGAUGAUGAUGAUACACUAACUGCAAAGGAGGAUGAUAGAAGUGCAACUCAACAACCAAGCGAGGAACAUCCAUGUCCUAAUUGCCAUGCCAUCCUACACAGCACCUGGGAAUUAGAUCUGCACAAAGUGAACGAUUGUUCUAAGGAUCCCAUCAAGUAUGUGUACAAUUGCGAUCAAUGCACAAAGUCUUUUCUCUGGAAGCUUAAGCUAAUUUCGCAUUUACGCAUUGAUCAUAAAAUGACCCCUCAUGAUGUUAUUGUAAAACUUAAAGAAUUAGAAAGUACCAAAAUUCAAAGAGGUCUGAAAAAUAGGGCAUCCAAGAAGGAAUCGCACAGACGGCAAGGCCUGAGGAAAUCUAGAGGAGAAAGAAAGAGGCAAAAAGUGUCAGAGAGAAAGAAAAAGGGUGAAGGGAGUGUACAAAAAAUGAAACGAACCAGAAGUGACAAAGCAGUUGCACCUCCUAAAUUAAAGAGACUGUGUGUCCGUCUUAAAAAAAUAAAAACGGACGAUAGGAAUGAAUUCAGUUCUUCCAGCAGGCAGACAAGAUCUAGUAAGACAGCUGUGGUUUCUAAUGUAGAUAUAGCACCACAGAACUGUACUUCUAAUGAUCAUCAAAACCUAGAAGCCUUGGAUGCUAAAUCCAAUUGUGAAAGACGUGCUAUAGUGGAAGUUGGUGAAGAUGAAAUUGUGAGGGAAGAGAAGACUGAAUGUAAAGACAAUGAAAGACAGACUGUGUGGCCAGAGUAUGAGCUCAGUGAAGCUAGACUAUUAGAAGAGAAUGACCAUUCAUUAGCUAACUCUGAGAGCAGUGAUGACAAGGGAUUUACUGAUGAGAAUGUAGACACAUGUACCCCCUCUAGCCCUACAAAUGAGAAUAGGAAAGGUGAGGUUUUAACUGACCCAAUUGUUGAUGACACCCCGGAAGUCAUGCUUGAGCCGAGUGAAGAAAUUGAUCAAAAGAAUGUUAGAAUUGAAAAGGGAAGAAAGGUAUGUGACCAAAAUACAUGUAACUCCACCAUUAGUCCAAAAUCAGAGAGUAAAGAAAGCGUUUUUAGUUGCUUGCUCUGUGAUAUGAAAUUUAAAAAGGCUUGUAAAUGUCACAAGCACAUGCGUGUUUGUCAUAAAGAAAGCAGGCAUCGGGAGUUCACAUGCAGUACAUGUGAUAAAACUUUUUUGAAUAAAUCAGAAUACACAACUCACAUCAAAAUCCAUAUGGACAGAAACAAAAGGCAGAAAUAUCACUGCAAGGAAUGCAAUAAGUCCUUCUUGUCGAAGCAUUAUUACAUUAUUCAUAUGAAAAGGCAUGCUGAUGAGAAAUUCAAAUGUGAAACAUGUGGUCAGGUGCUUUUGACCAAAAAGACUCUUGAGCAUCACGUCAAAAAUGUUCACACCAAAGAAUUCCCCUGCCACCUCUGUAAGAAGGUCUUUGCAAGAAACCAGUAUUUAAAGAUGCAUAUAGAAGAGCAUGAACUAGGACGGAAAUGUAAAUGCGAAGAAUGUGGAAAAGCCUUCCUCCGUCCUUUUCAACUGAAAGUGCACAAGGAGCUUGUCCAUUCGGGUGCCUGUCAAUGCCUUUGUGAACUUUGCGGAGCAACUUUCAAGACUGAACAGAUCUUGAAACAGCACACUAACACUGUCCACUCCCUUGUUUACAAGUACUCUUGUGAUGUUUGCGGGAAGAAAUUCAACCGCACAUCCAUCCUGAAUCGUCAUAAGAAGGUCCAUUCCAAUGACCCGAUGUUGAGGCGUUUUCCUUGUACACUGUGCGAUAAGCGUUUCAAUGAUCAAAGCAAGUUGAAGGUUCAUAUGGAUUGGCAUAAUAACGUCAGGUCACAUACGUGCGUAAUAUGCGAGAAGUCGUUUUUGACCAAAGGUAACCUAACCAAGCACAUGUUUACCCACCAGGAUAAGAAACGCCAUGAAUGUGAAAUUUGUUCUGUAGGUUUUAUAGACCUGCCACAACUCAGGAAACAUCUGGAAGUAAAGCACAAGGUCACCCUAAAAAAAAUUAACACCAAUGCAAGACUUGAAGCCACCAAGUUAGUUGAAGAUGAACACCUAGUCAAUAAAUCUGCUGCAGGGCCACUUUUACCAUCAGACUCAAGGUCUGCAGACACUGCCAACGAUGGUCCAGUUCAUCAUCAAGAACACUUGACCAAUGACAAUGUUUAUCAAGUAUCUGAGGCCAGCAUGUAUCAAGUACCUGAGCCCAGUGUCAGUGAAAGUGUAGGACAACUGCUUCUAGGAAUGGUGACUUUGUAGAUGCAUGCCAAAUUAAUCUUGAAGAUUGAAAUAUAUUCUGAAUAUUGCUCAGAAGCUUCCGUUUGGAUGAUGGAUGCUUCUAAUUUGGCAGUGAACUACAACUGUACUGUCAUUAGGUGUACUAAAGUGUUUCUGUCCUCUGACUCUCUGAAACAGUGGGUCCUGAAAUUACUAUUAUGGUAGCUUUGCCAUCCAAUGGUAACUACCAUGGUAACGCUGAUCAACGGCCAAUCAAAAUCAAGGAUCCUGUGCAAGUUACCAUUGCAUGGCAAAGUUAUUGUAAUGGGAUUUUAAUCCCAGCCAUGGCGUUCAUUUCCGUCAGCAAGAGAGUUUUCCAUGCUGUGCUGCACUCAGGUGUGGUAUGGUGACCUGGGGAGUGUUUCAUGAAAGGACUUAUUGGACGUUUUGUCCAACAAGUCCUGUUUUAUCCGACAGUUGCCAUAGUAACAGUGCUUCUAAGCCAAUGAUAAUUAAGGAACGAUGUCAGAUCUGACAACUUGUCGGACAAAAAUGUUGAUGAAACGCUCCCCUGGGAGCAUUAAUUAAUGGUAAUGUGCAAAUGGUUCAGUUGUCAAUUUCAUCAUUUUAAAAGUUACAUUCAGAUCAAAGCUCCUUUGUCGUGUAAACCAUAAUAGGUACAGUAAAGUCUUGAAAACAAUGAUCACCUCUCUUGUAAACUGAGAAAAAUUGUUCAGAUAUAUUUAUAAGUUUCCUUUUUCAGGU